AUGGUAUUGUUGAAAGUCUCGCCUUUGAAGGGCGUAGUAAGGUUUGGUAAACGUGGAAAGUUGAACCCACGCUUCAUUGGACCUUUCGAAAUACUGGAAAAGAUCGGAACAAUUGCUUACAAAUUGAAACUACCAGAAGAGCUUAGUAGUGUACACGACACGUUUCACGUGUCUAAUCUCAAGAAAAGUCCUACUCAAGAAACGGUCGUCAUCCCAGCGGACGAGAUACACGUUAACGACAAACUCCAAUUUACAGAGGAACCUGUUGAGGUUACAGACUGGAAAGUGCACAAGACACGGAGGAGUCGUAGGAAGUUGGUUAAAGUUCGCUGGAACUCGCGUCACGGACCCGAGUAUACGUGGGAACGUGAGGAUCAAAUAAAAUCCAAGUACCCUCACCUGUUUCAAGACUCCCCUGCAACCAGUAACACGACUUGA